GGCAAUGGACAGCGUGAAAAAAUGUAAACAGAGCAAAAAUCAAAUGCUACAAAAUAAGUUUGCAUUGUCUGUUUCCAUCCAUUUUUCAAAAGUACAUCCUAACAGUAAAACUGUGUUAAAUUUUAAUGUGAAGGAAAUUUAGUUACAAAUAAUUUCGAGCCAGAGGCUUAGUGAAAGAAAGAAAUGCUAUUUAGAUGAGAGAAGAUUAUGGCUUCUGAUUCCUCAAGGAGGCCUUCCAAAAGAAAGUCAACAGCUCCAGGCGAUGCUGAUAGUUCAUCAGCCAAACAUGUGAGAAAGUGUGAACGUACAGGAUGUCCAGCUAAAGCUCCAAUAUGUUUUGCUUCAGCUUCAGAAAGAUGUGUUGGGAAUGGUUACACAUCACGUUGGUAUCACAUGUCUCAGUCAGAACAUUACUGUAACGAAUGCUUUGAUCAUUACUACAGAAGCCACAAGGAUGGGUAUGCUGUUUUUGCAUUAUGGAAGAGAAAAUGGAGUACUUACGGGACCACAGAUCCUAAUAUUAAAGCAUUCAUGAUGGACACUAUGUUACCGUACUGGGUUCAGUGUACACAGUGUGAGAAAUGGCGACAGAUGACCAAAGAUUCUAACAUAUCACCAGAUUUCCUUAAAAAAUAUGUUUGUGGAAUGUCUACCAGUGGUUUUACGAAGUCCAGCAUAGCAAAUGCCUGUGACAGCCCAGAGGAUUAUAGAGUAGAGUACACCAAAGACUAUAAUUGGAUGACACAGUUGAUAGCGCCACCAUAUUUGAAGAAUUCGCCAGCUUUCCCAUUCCUGUCCUCCUAUUUUCCUGAUUGUGUUGGAAUGUCUGCCACAGACAUGGAAGUCUUCAACCAAUCUAAAUCUCCAGAUAUGCCAGCCUAUUUAUCCCCCUUUGUAACAAGUGACCAGUCCGAACCAGCUCGAUGUUUUCAGCCAGGGGCAAUGGAUGAAUUAGAAUUAACAGAAUUUCCUGAGUUUGCCAAAAUUCCCACACUAUAUUUAGCUAUCAGGAAUGUUUGUGUGACUUUGUGGAAUUUGAAUCCAAAGAAAUGGUUAUCUCAUGAGAGAUGCGGUCCAUUUAUCAUUUGCCGUGGAAUGACACGUAUCUGGUGUAUAAACAGCCUUCAGAGUAUAUUGUGGCAUCUGACAAGACGAGGCCUCAUCAACUUUGGACUGUUGUCAUUGCCAAAGGAAAUAGACUUUAUGCCGAAAGAUAUUCUACCUCAGGACAAUCAUGUGUUAAUUAUAGGAGCAGGAGUUUCUGGCUUGUCAGCUGCACAUCAACUUAAUCAUUUCGGUGUUAAGACCACAAUAUUAGAAGCUAAGGACAGAAUUGGAGGUAGAAUCCAUGACGACUGUUCCUUAGGUUUGACUGUAGGAAAAGGUGCUCAGAUCAUAAAUGGUUGUGAUAAUAAUCCACUGAUUGUACUCAGUCAUCAGACUGGUGUCCAUAUCAAGGAGCUAAGUGAAAAGUGUUGUCUUCUGCAGAAAGGUGGAGUAAAAGUGGAGGAAAAAACUGACAGUCAGAUGGACUUUCAUUUCAAUGCUAUUCUAGACAUUAUUGCAGACUGGCGUAGAAACAAAGAAAUUCUUCAAGAUUUAAGUCUAAUGGAUAAAUUUCGAGAGACACAUCAGCACUUUAUGGACGAGUCACAAUUAACUUUCACAAAACAACAAGAAACUUUACUUAAUUUUCAUUUUGGAAAUCUGGAAUAUGCUUGUGGAACAAGUUUAUCAAAUAUUUCAACGAUGAACUGGGAUCAAAAUGAAGAUUACCCACAAUUCUCAGGAAGAAAUGUUUUGCUGGCCGAUGGAUUUUCACCCAUUUUGGAUAAGAUAACAGAAAAUUUAGACAUUGUCUACAAUACAGAGAUUUCAUCAAUAGAUUACAGUGAUAAAGUUGUAGUGAAAUCAUCAGAUGGACAAAGCUGGACAGGCGAUAAGGUCAUUGUGACCCUGCCUUUAGCAGUAUUGAAGAAUGGAAUAGUCCAAUUUAAUCCUCCUCUACCACAGAAUAAAGUAAUGGCAAUUCAACAGUUAGGUGUAGGAUACAUGGAAAAGGUUGUUCUACAGUUUAAAGAAAGGUUUUGGUCAGAUAUAAGCUCGCCUGCAGAGGUCUUUGGGAGAGUAGAAACUGAAUUUAGCCGGAGAGGAUUGUUCGGAAUAUUUCAUGAUCUAUCCAAAGAAAUUGCUAGUGGGAAAAGUUGUUAUAUUUUAUCAACACAUAUAUGUGGGGAUAGUGUAGAAAUUCUGAAACAGAAAUCAGAUGAAGAGAUAGUAGCAAUGUGUAUAGAAACGCUCUCAGAACUCUUCCCUAAGAAGAAAGUUCCAAAUCCACAGAAGUACUUAGUAACCAGGUGGUACAAAGACAAAUAUGUACAGAUGGCUUAUAGCCACAUCCCAGUAGGAGCUAGUGGAGAUCUGUAUGACGAUAUAGCGGAAGACGUUCAAGGCAAAAUUUUCUUUGCCGGAGAAGCAACAAAUCGUCAGCAUCCUCAAUCUGUUACUGGAGCAUAUAUCAGUGGUAUGAGGGAAGCAGAAAAAGUGUUCACGUCAAUGGCAGUCAGUUGAUGGUGUAUGGUGAUAGGAAGAAUUUUUUGCUGUUUGAAUUCUAUUGAUUAUUAUGAGUAAUAAGACUUUUUCCGUCUUCAAUAAGCAGAAAUAACUGCAUGUUAUUUUUUUCAGUUUACAAAGACAAAAGUUGUAGACUCCUGUUUUCGUACUUUAUUAUCAUUUAAAACAAAAAUAUUUAUAUUCUGUUUUGAUGAAAUACCAUUUAAAGCAUUUCCUGAGAUAAUAUUAAAUCUGUUAAUAUUGAUAGAUGUAAUUCUUUUUACAGUUUUGUAGAAUAAGACUGACACAUAUCUAUCACCAGAAUCUGAUCACAUCAAUUUCUUAUUUAUAAAUAUAUAUAUAUAUAUCAACAGAACAGGAAAAGAAUACCAAAGAUUGGAGACCAGGUUUCAUGAAAUAUAAUUUUAAAUAUUUUGAUAUCAGAAUGACUCGAUGCUUUUCUACCAAUGAAGAUUGUAGGCUGAUCCUUAGGGUUUCUAUUUCUAGUUGGAUAAUAUUGUUGGGUUGCUGUUAAAUUGCGGUAAAACCUAUUAUAAUUAUUUUUGAUACAAGUUUGUAGUUUGGUACUGGGUUCUUUGUGUGCUUCAUAAUGUAAAGUAUAAGUUCUAACAAAUACAGACCAUCAACUAUUUUUUUUAAUAUUUAUGGUCAGUAAAAUGAUACAUGAUUUUUUUAAUGAAAUUGAUAUAAAGUUGAUUUGAAUAUAUUUGAUUUUUUAAUGAAAUUCAUACAACGUUGAUUUGAAUUUUAAAGAAAUUGAUUAAUUAGAUUUUUAUAAAAAAUAAAUUUUGACAAUUUUGAAUGAUUUUUUUAGUAUUUUGACAAAAAAUAUUUAUAAUUUUUGAUUGAUUUUUGUAUUUGUUUAAAAGUAGAUUUAGUAUUGUUGUUUUCUAUUUUAAUUACAUAAUAUUACACAGUUCACAAAGCAAAAUUUUACAAAAUAGGCCACUCACAAUAAUAAUUUGUUUUUCAAACCUCUGUCUAAUAUUUACAUCAGCAAUCUCGUAUGGAUUUUUUUAAUGGUUUGAGGAUGCUAUAUGUCACUUUUAGAAAUAGUAAAUAUACCUAAGGGCUGUUCCAUAAAAACAUACAUGGUACCCAGGUAAUGCACUUUAAAAAUGGUGUAACCCACCUAAAGAGGCAAAUUUAAGAUAACGCUUACAUUUCCACUUCUGAAAAGUACUUUAUACCUCCCCUAGAUGAGAUUUCUUAGUGCCUUUUCUGGGUCCCAUGUAUGUUUAUAUGGAAUAGACUUUAUACUGAAAAGACCAUUAAGUUUUAUUAUACGUCAUGUCAAAUGCCAGAUUUUGAUUGGUUAAUAUGAGGGUGUUAAUUUACUCUAUUCUAUGGUAAAUACUCUAUUACCCUUCACAGAGACGCUUGAUCA